UGCCCGACUCCAAGAUGGCGCCUGAGGCGGCCGCCAGCAGCCAAGAUGGCGCCACUGCGCCCGCACGCUCGCUUCUCCUCCCCCUGUGUCCCUGAUUAGGAGCGCGAUUCGGAUCUCCGUGCGCCGGUUGCCCUUCGGCCUGGUGGCGGGCCCGGCCACCGUUCGCCUGUCCGUCCGGCGACAUGCGGCUCCUCAGCUGGUGGCAGGUGCUGCUGUGUGUGCUGGGGCCUGUGGCCUGCGGCCUGGAGGAGGAAAGUGGUCACCUGUGGUCAGAGGAGCAGCCUGCUCGCCCGCUGCAGGAGGAGGCUGUGUACACGAGUGAAAAGGAGGCUUCCGAUGGCCCCAUAGGCCAGGACCCAUUGGCCGAAGAGUCUGAUUCAGUGCUGGCACUAGACACAGAGGGCGACCCCAUGGUGAUGCUGUCUGUGAUUCCAGGGGACACUGAAGACAGACUGAGCUCACAGGCCAGUGGUGGCACCUGUGGAGCUGAUGGGGAAGUGGACUCGUGGUGCAACCUCCGAGAGAGCCUCUACUCGCUGGACAGCGCGGGGAGCAGCUUCCCUGAGAGGGAGGAGGAGUAUUACACAGAACCCGAGGUGGCAGAGAUGGAUCCCACUCCGACAGAGGACUCUAAUAACACUGAGAGCCUGAAGUCUCCAAAGGUUAUCUGCGAAGAAAGAAAUGUGACAGGAAUGGAAAAUUUCACUCUAAAAAUUUUAAAUACGUCACAGGACCUUAUGGAUUUUCUAAACCCAAAUGGUAGUGACUGUACUCUAGUCCUGUUUUACACCCCAUGGUGCCGAUUUUCUGCCAGUUUGGCUCCUCAUUUCAAUUCUCUGCCCCGGGCAUUUCCAGCUCUUCAUUUUCUGGCAUUGGAUGCAUCUCAGCACAGCAGUCUUUCUACUAGGUUUGGCACUGUAGCUGUUCCUAACAUCUUGUUAUUUCAAGGAGCUAAACCAAUGGCUAGAUUUAAUCACACAGACCGAACAUUGGAAACACUGAAAAUCUUCAUUUUUAACCAGACAGGUAUAGAAGCCAAGAAAAACGUGGUGGUCACAGAAGCCGACCAAAUAGGCCCUCUUCCCAGUACUCUGAUAAAAAGUGUGGAUUGGUUGCUUGUAUUUUCUUUAUUCUUCCUAAUUAGUUUUAUAAUGUAUGCUACCAUUCGAACUGAGAAUAUUCGGUGGCUAAUUCCAGGACAAGAGCAGGAACAUGUGGAGUAGUGAUGGGCCAAAGGAAACUGCAUAGAGGAAUGUCUAUCUUUCACUUCACAAAGGAUGGCUGUAGCUACAUACAUUUCCAGCAAAAUGAUGAUUCAUCCCUUCAGCCACAUGAAAGGAAUCAUGCAUUUGUUGAACUGUUGAAUAUGGAAAAUAUUGUAAACUUGUACUUUAACUAGUAUUGCAAUAAGUAAAUGUAAAAAUAUCCAAUAGAA